AUGGCUCCCGCCGGCCGCGCCUCGACGGCGUCCGCGCCCGAGCCUAGCCCCGCGCCGCCCUCACCCGCCACGGCCGAGCUCCGUGCCUCGCCCGCGCCUCGGGCCGCCGGCGGCCGCGCCUCGCCACAACGCGAGCGGGCGCCUCGACGGCAUCCGCCGGCCUCGCCUCGCCACCGGCUCCCGUUCGCCCGCGCUCCGAGCUCCACGCCGCGCCGCCCGGGCCGAGCCCCACCACCGCGCCUCGGGCCGCCGCCGGCUCGCCUCGCCACGGCUCCCGCUCGCCCGCGCUCCGAGCUCCGCCCUGUGCCGCUUCUCUCUGGCCGUGGACAUAGGUGCAGCUUCGACCACAAACACGAGCACGGCACCGAGUGGAAAACAAGAGAAGCAAGCCGCCGAGCACAGAGCCGCGUGGCGGCGUGGAGGCCGCCGUCGCCACUCGGCCGCCGCCUCGCGCCGAGCAUGAAGCAGCGAGGAGGCCGCCCCCGAGCACGCCGAGCACGGAGCCGCGCGGGGAGGCCGCCGUCGCCACACGGCCGCCGCCUCGGGCCGAGCAUGGAGCAUCGGGAGGCUGCCGCCGGUGGCAAGCACGAAGCGGCGCUGGAGACGAUCGCCGCCACCGAGCACGAAGCAGCGUUAGAAAGCCGUGUCACCGCCAUGUACGGAGCUGCGGCGAAGGCAGCACGCCGUCGAGCGCGGAGCGAGCUAGAAGCCGCCGUCGCUGCGAAGUACGGAGUUGCGGUGAAGGCCGGCGCGGCCGAGCACAUCGAGCCACGGCCCCCAAUAGUCAUGUACCCGUCGUCCUCUCGAUUUCUUUUUGGCUGA